UGUGGUUUGGAUUGACACAGAGGAAGUGAAGCAUUCAUCCCUGGGAAUGACCACAAGGCGUGGGCUAAACAAGUCGUGUUUGUAGCUGUUUCACCGCUUUUCAUUAACAGUCCGUAAACAGCUUUCAUUGAGCUGAAGAUGGACAGAUUUUAGUGAGUCCUAUGUGGAGGACAAGAGGUGCAACAGCUGCCCGGCUAAUGUUAACCUCGCUAGCAGACAAUCUUCAUGAAUUACCUGCUAUUAAACAUCACUGAAACACAACAACACAGAGAGACACACACCGACUGCAUCAUGAACGAUGAUGUGAUGUUAAAUGUACCGGUCAUCCGGCAGCUGUACCACUGGGAUUGUGGCUUGGCCUGUUCGAGAAUGGUACUAGAGUAUUUACAUCCAGUAAGUGAGGAGGAAUUUCAGAGAGCGUGUUUGGACUUGGAGUUUACGGAGAGCGUGUGGACUAUUGACCUGGCUUAUCUCAUGUGUAAGCUGGGGGUCAGACACUGCUUCUACACACAGACGCUCGGUGUGGACAAGGGCUUCAGGAACCAGUCUUUCUACAAAAAACAUUUUGACACGGAAGAGGACAGGGUGAAUGAACUAUUUCUGAAGGCUGAAAGCAAAGGAGUCCUGGUGAAAAAAUGCUCUGUUACGGUUCAGGAGAUCCAGAGCCACCUGGAGCAGGGUCAUGUGGCCAUCGUGCUGGUCAACGCAGUGGUGUUGGUGUGUGAGCUGUGCUCCACCCCUGUCAAAUACUGCUGUUUCCUCCCUGUGGGUCAGAAGUGCUUUUGCAGGAAGCCAGAUUACCAGGGCCACUUUGUGGUGGUUUGUGGAUUUAACCGUAAAACUGGCAGCAUCUUCUACAACAACCCCGCCUACUCGGACCGUGUGUGCUGCACAAGCUUUAGUAAUUUCGAGGAGGCCAGAAGAAGCUACGGAACUGACGAGGAUAUUCUGUUCAUCUACAAAGACGGCUGAGUCUUGACAGCUUCUGAACGAACAAACAUUCAAAACACCUUUUGCAUCCACUGUGGUUGGCUGGGUAGCAUUUUUGCCAACAGGAACCAGUGCUGCUGGCCAAUAGCAGGUAGUAUGUGUCACCUCUGGCUAUGGUCUUCAUUAGAGCUAUAGCAUCGCACAAAGCAUUACUAUGGUGCUACAUUGGCCACUGAAUGAAAUAGUCACACAGAAAGGAAAGGGAAAUGCUAUAAAUAUAUGUAACUCUUCAUUAUUGUGAUGUGGACUUAUAUUUUUAUCUAUAGCUCAUAUAUAAUCUCUGCCACUGUAAGAGGUGGAGGAGGAGUGUACAUAAUGUUUUUCCAUUCAUGUAAAGAUAGAGACUUUGUGUUUGUUCAGGAUAACCUUGCAAAAUCAUGGGGUUGUGUUGAUUAUUCAUUUUAUUAUUUUUCUCUUGGAAGCCACUUAAUUAACACAAUGAAAGGUUUUAAUUAUUGUAAAAGAGAAAAGCUGUUUUUAAAAACUCAGGUAAGAUUUGAUAAAUCCAGCAUGUUAAAUUAUAUCCCACUGUUGGGAAAAAAAAUUCAUAGGUGCAAUAUGUGUGGAUUCACUUCUCCAGGGGUUUCCUCGAGAACAGAAUCACCUGGACGUCUGUCAUAACCUCAUGUAGAGUAGCAAGAGAGCGUUUGGCUGCUUUGUGGGCGACUCUGAACCGCGAACCGUGAUCAUAAAGUACAUUUUAAACUCGCUCAUAGCACUAGUACAGUAUUAGACCUGUUUCUGUGUAAUUUACUGUAUUACAUUGGUCAAUUCUCAUGAUUAUAUUGUGUUGGCGUAAUUCAUAGUAACUACACUCGGUUAAUUCCUCCGAGAGAGAACAGGAACACUAGGGUUAGAGUUUUACCGUCAGGUGUUGUGCACCGUUUGAAAAGGUCUGAACUUGUGAACGCUUUGCUGUUUGCUAUCUUGUAAACACACUAUGCCUGCUCAGUGGUUCAAAUGGUUCAAUCGUCGAUUGUUUGUGACACAAUGGCUGACAAAUGAAAUACUUGAACUAUGUUGUUCCACCAGCCAUAAUUAUGUUAUUUAAUAUUUGAUCAUUCAGGUUAAAUGUUGUUUUUUCUUUGAUUUUUAAGACAUCAGGUGUCCAAUUACAUCAGCUUGUGCUUUUUUUUUAAAGAACAUAAGGAAUAUUGAUAUGGCAAACUUUAUUUUUA